AUGAGUAACUUCCGAAGUGUGAUGAAAGAGGGAUGGCACCCCAAAGGCAAGGAUGGAGGGAAAGAAUCCUGGAGAGGCGAUUUUAAGGGUAUAAAUCAGGUGGCUGGCUGGAUGGGCAAAGGGAGAGAUCCUCACAAGAAUGACACUGUUGAACAUAUGUCCCGCCCGUUAUCGAGUUUAAAAGAUCCAGCCUCGUUUGGUCCUCCUCCAAAGAACAUCAAUUAUCAUGGCGGCGCCGCACUACCGAACGAGGUGACACCUCACACGGGCGGCUGGGGAGCACCUUUAACUCAAGAACAAAUACAGAAUGCAAACAGGGCAGCCAAUGGGCCGACCCAAGAAGAAAUGGAAGAAGAGAAAAGACGGGCCGCCCCUCCCUUGCCAUACAGAGCAGACAGGACUGGUCUGAAAACAGAUCACCUCCCACUGCCUCCUUCUCACCGAGACGUAAAUCGAAGUCCCAGCCUGGUGGAAACGCAGUCUCCCCAACCAAAACCUGGCUUACCUCCACGUCUUCCGUCCCGUCAAAAUACCGGUGCUAGUGCCACACCACCUGCUGUGAAUCCCCCAACCUCGCAAGCAACAGCACCACCGCCGUACGAGUCAAUUGCAUCCAGCCAGCCCAGGACACAGCAAAAGACGGACUACGGAAUCAGCCAAGGCGCUGUCAACAGACUGAGCAACGCCGGUGUUUCCGUUCCAGCUUUCGGAAUUGGUACCGAUACAUCCUCCAAACCCUGGCAGAAUGAGCAAAGCCGAUCCAACGCAGCAGAGAGCCCUUCCCCCAACCCCGAGCCAGCAGUAAAUCAACUUUCUGAACUCCAAUCCCGCUUCGCCCGCAUGAACGCAAAUGGAAAUGGCAGCCAGCAAAGCACCACCCCUCCGUUCGUCACACCCGUUCAAUCCCCUCCGGUCGCGCCACCUUCUGUCCAACCAACACCAACGUCGGCUCCACAUCAACCUCAAACUCAGGGAACCACCUGGGCGGAAAAGCAAGCUGCCUUGCGUACCGCGCAAGACAUCCAUAGAGAUCCUUCCAAGGUAUCCGUUUCCGAUGCUCGCUCUGCCGCCACAACAGCAAACUCCUUCCGUGAGCGGCAUCAAGAUUCCAUUAAUGCUGCAGGAGCAAAAGCCAAUGAGUGGAACAAGAAAUACAACGUGACCGGUCGUCUAAACUCGUUCCUUGAGAAACACAGCUCUCCUGCGUCCGAAAAUCCGCCUCCGGUGAACACGACCCCUGCCCCUGCGCCAAUGUCCGUGCAAACGACACCACAAAGUCCCGAGAUCGCAGCCUCAAUAUCGCGCAAGCCUCCUCCCCCACCCCCAAAGAAACCAGCCAACAUGCAGGGGAAUUUGAGCUCGCACACAGGCGCUGUCUCGCCACCUCCAGUACCGUUGGGGACGAAGCCAAGUUAUAGCUAA